AGGCGACAUGAGGUUCUUGGUUCUUGCGGCACUGGUCGCCGCGGCGGCCGCGACCACCCUUCGGGAUAACUAUCAGGACUUCGUUAUUGGCAAGGAGACCUUAGUGAAUGUGGACAUCAAGACCAAGGAGCUGUACUGCUGGAAGCUGUUGAACCACAUCCUGCAGCCGACCAUCUACGAUGACAUCCGCGAGGUCGCGCGCGAGUACGUGCUUGAAGACAACAUGGACAAAUACCUGAAAGAUGACGUUGUCAAACGCUUCAUCGAGGUGUUCAAGAUGGGCAUGCUCCCACGUGGUGAGAUCUUCGUCCACACCAACUUCCACCACAUGGACCAAGCCAUCGUCACCUUCCGCAUGCUUUACUUCGCCAAGGACUUCGACACUUUCAUCAGAACCGCUUGCUUCUUGAGGGAGCGCAUCAACGGUGGCAUGUUCGUCUACGCGUUUACUUGCGCCGUCUUCCACAGACACGACUGCCGCGGCAUCACCCUGCCCGCACCCUACGAAAUCUACCCCUACUUCUUCGUAGACAGCCACAUCCUGCACAAAGCAUUCAUGAUGAAGAUGUCCAAGUCCGCCACCGACCCCGCCGUCUACGACUACUACGGCAUUAAGGUCACUGACAAGAACCUCAUGGUUAUCGACUGGCGUAAGGGCGUCCGCCACACUCUCAGCGAGGACGACCGCCUCAACUACUUCACCGAGGACAUCGACCUAAACACUUACAUGUACUACCUGCACAUGAGCUACCCAUACUGGAUGAUCGACGACACGUACAACCUAAACAAGGAGCGUCGCGGUGAGAUCACCAUGUACGGCUACAAACAGCUGUUGGCUCGUUUGAGGUUGGAGCGUCUGUCCAACAACAUGUGCGAUAUCACCAUGGUCAAAUUCGACGAUGUCGACAACCACGGCUACUGGCCCAAGAUCCGCCUGCACACCGGUGACGAGAUGCCCGUCCGUCCCAACAACGUCAAGCUUGUCCACAAAUACAACGUUAAGGAAAGGCUGUACGUUGAAGACAUUGAGAGGAUCAUCAGAGAAGGCAUCGUUAGUGGCAAAAUCGAAAGACGUGACGGAACAGUAAUCAGCCUUAAGAAGGCCGAAGACUUCGAGAACCUCGCCAGGAUGUUGUUGGGCGGUAUGGGCAUCGUUAACGACGACGCUAAGGUCAUCCACGUUGUGCACCUCUUCAGAAGACUGCUGUCUUACGGAACUUACAACUUCGAGAAGUUCACAUACAUCCCCACCGCUCUGGACAUGUACACAACUUGUCUGCGUGACCCACUCUUCUGGAGAAUCAUGAAGCGCAUCACAGCCAACGCUGACCUCUUCAAAAACUUCCUGCCCAAAUACACCAAGAACGAACUUGACUUCCCCGGCGUCAAAGUUGAGCGCAUUACCACCGACAAGCUCGUCACCUUCAUGGAUGAGUACGACGUUGACAUCACCAACGCUCUGUAUUUGGACGAAACUGAAAUCCAAAAGAAGAAGUCUGACGUUGUUGUCGCCGCACGCAUGCGCCGCCUCAACCACCACUCAUUCAAGGUGUCCAUCGACGUUGAAUCUGACAAGGCCGUCGAUGCCGUCGUACGAGUUUUCCUCGGACCCAAAUUCGACUGCAUGGGUCGUCUCCUCACCUUCAACGACAAACGCAACGACAUGGUUGAAAUCGACAGCUUCCUGUACAAACUACAGACCGGCAAGAACACCAUCGUCCGCGACUCUAUGGAGAUGCACGGCGUGAUCGGUGACAGGCAAUGGACCCGCCGCUACUUCGACAAGAACCUGGAGACCACUGGUACCUACGAGAAGGUGCUCGACAGCUUCUGGCACAAGUCCCGCGUCGGUUUCCCGCACAGGCUGCUCCUUCCCCGCGGUCAUGUCGGUGGUCUCGACUUACAAAUGUUCGUGAUCGUCACCCCUGUGCGCAGCGGUCUCGUCAUGAACACCAUCGACAUGAACAUGAUGAAGGACCGUCACACUUGCCGCUGGACCACGUGCUUCGACACCAUGCCUCUCGGCUUCCCAUUCGACAGGGAGAUCGACAUGACUACCUUCUUCACCAACAACAUGAAGUUCACCGACGUCAAGGUGUUCUACAAGGACAUGGCCACCUCCAACACAGUGAAGGAUAUCGACAUGUCCGACAUGAUCAUGAAGCGCGACGACCUCACGUGCUGGGACAAGGACAUGCUCGUCAGAUGGUCUUACAGAGACGUCAUGAUGAUGAGCACCGACAAGAUGAUGAGAAUGUAAACCGCCACUUACGCAUUAGCACUUAAUAUAUAGCAUUAUUUCAAAUUUA